UGGCAUGCCAUGAACAUGGCGACCAUCAAGGCCAUCGAGGCCCGCUCGGUCCAUCAAAUCCAAUCCGGUCAAGUGAUCGUCGACUUGUGUUCCGUUGCGAAGGAGCUCGUGGAAAAUAGUCUUGAUGCGGGUGCUACGUCUAUUGAGGUCCGAUUCAAGAAUCAUGGGUUGGAUUUGAUUGAAGUGCAAGAUAACGGGAGUGGGAUUUCGCCGGAGAAUUAUGAGAAUGUUGCGCUCAAGCAUUACACGUCCAAGCUGUCCUCCUACGAUGAUCUCGCCCGGUUGCAUACCUUCGGUUUUCGCGGCGAAGCGUUAUCGUCGCUUUGUGCGCUAUCGGACUUUCGUGUCAUCACCGCGCAGGCGAAUCAGGCGCCUAAGGCAACACGUCUCGAUUUCGAACACUCUGGAAAGUUAAAAAAGACACAGAUAGUGGCGGGGCAAAAGGGUACCACGGCUUCAGUGGAGGGUCUGUUCAAAGGACUACCGGUGCGACGACGGGAGCUGGAAAAGAACAUCAAGCGCGAGUAUGGCAAGGUUUUGAACCUUCUACAUGCGUACGCCUGUGUCAGUACGGGCGUGCGCUUUGGGGUCAGGAACUCGGUGGGGAAGACCCGGAAUGUCGUGGUCUUUAGUACCAAUGGCAAUCAGACGACGAAGGAGAAUAUCGCCAAUGUCUAUGGUGCGAAGACGCUGUUGGCUUUGAUUCCGCUUGAUUUGGCUCUGAAGUUUGAGCCGUCUGCGGUUGGGAGACGCGCCGCUGGGUCGGGAGAGAUGAAUAAGAUCGCGGUGCGCGGUCAUGUCUCUCGACCGGUGUUCGGAGAGGGGAGACAGACGCCGGAUCGUCAGAUGUUCUUUGUGAAUUCCCGGCCGUGUGGGUUGCCGCAGAUUGCAAAGGCUUUUAAUGAAGUGUACAAGUCGUUCAAUGUCUCGCAGUCGCCGUUUGUGUUUGCGGAUUUCCAAAUGGAUACGAAUGCCUACGAUGUCAAUGUGUCGCCUGAUAAGCGGACGAUUCUGUUGCAUGAUGCGGGGGCAUUGAUCGAGUCUCUGAAGGACUCUCUUACCCAGCUGUUUGAGUCGUCGGAUCAGACGGUUCCUCAGUCACAGGUGGUUGGUUCCAAGCCGGGUACUAAACAGCGCUUGGGAAGUUUGCAAUCUCAGAUUCCUAGCCGGCCUUCAGUGGACGAUGCGGACUCGGAACCCGAGGAUCAGGAACCUGUUGGUAGCCAGGGGGCUGGAAAGGAGCAGUCUAGCUCUCAGGAUAGGAUGAAGAGCUUCUUGAGCGGCCUUGGUGCCUGCGAAAGCAAACCGAUGUCUUCCCCGGCAGAUCCUGGUGCAUCAGACGUACAAGAACAGCCAGCAUGUUCACCACCUCAAACCCAGGAUGAAUCUGUCGAGGACAACGAGCUCUUUGUAAGGCAGAGCACACCAGCCGAAACAUUACCUCCCACACAGGAUGAAAGCAGCCAACCCGUCGAAGAGGCCACACAGCAGCAUGAAGACCACUCACCUCAGGACAGUGCUCCUGAACCCUCGACGCAGGUAGUCGACCCCUUGGAGGAGACUCCUAAUACAAUCCAGAAUGCGUUUGAUCGGAUGCGACCAAGACGGGUACCUGCUGAGAUGGCUACAAUCACUAUUGGCAAUAAGACUGUUACGUCCAUGAUAGGGAGUGGAUUGCCCAAAAAGCGAUCCGUGGGUGCUGAUGAUGCUGUUGGCACUACGGCCCGCAAGAGACGGAUACACACGCCUUCUCGUCCUAGUAUAUUUGGCAAACACAUGAGGGAUUUUGCUGCUCCAGGGACACACGUAGAGCCCGAGAGUGAAGCCGAGGAAGACGAAGUGAUGGAAGAGGUAGAGGGAAUUGAGAGCGAAGUGGAAGAGUAUGAAGAGGGUAUUGAAGAGAUUGAGGACGAGGCAGAUGAUGGUUCUCAGCCUUACGCUCCGUCAGAGCAUGAUAGCGACCGAUCACACGAAGAUGUUGGCGGAGAGGACCGUAACCAGGAGGCUGACAAUGAUGAACCCAGCUCUCAACCUGGCUCGCAGGAGAUGGACGAAGAGGAGAAAAGGCGCCAUGAAGAAGCCGAAGUGGAACGGCUCAUCCAGGAAGCGGAGAAUACAGCAUUGCCACAGGGCAACAAUAUCCACCGUGCGAAUAAAAUGAACAAAGGAGCUGCUCACCGUGAUUCCACCGUUCAACUGAUGAGCACGAUCGAUGGGUCUCUUUCUAAGAUACAGUCGCAGCUGGGGAAACUGCAGGACAGUCUCCGCCAUUGGGAGAAUUCCAGUUCACACGACGAGCCUGAGACUGAGCCGGAAACGGCCGAAGAACGACUAUCGCUGACUGUGAGCAAGGAGGAUUUUGCCAACAUGCGGAUCAUCGGUCAAUUCAACCUGGGGUUCAUCUUGGCUACCCGAUCUUCCACUGGUGAUGCGGGCGCUGGGUCGUCCGAUGCCAAAGAUGAGCUCUUCAUCAUCGAUCAGCAUGCCUCGGACGAGAAGUUCAAUUUCGAACGUCUGCAGGCGGAAACUAUCGUACAGUACCAGCGGCUGGUCCAGCCGAAACGCCUGGAUCUCACCGCCGUGGAGGAAGAGAUUGUCAUCGAGAACCAAGAAGCACUGGAGAAGAACGGCUUUAUUGUAGAGGUUGACGAAAGCGGAGACGAGCCGAUCGGCCGUCGAUGCAGGCUGCUCUCGCUGCCCUUGAGCAAAGAGGUGGUCUUUGGUGUUCGGGAUCUGGAGGAGCUGAUUGUUCUGUUGUCGGAGACGCCCAGCCACGCCUCCAGGUCCGCCUCGGACGUGUACAUCCCUCGUCCGAGCAAGGUGCGGAAGAUGUUUGCCAUGCGGGCAUGCCGGUCGAGCAUCAUGAUCGGCAAGAACUUGACGGUCAAGCAGAUGAAAAGGGUGGUGACGAAUAUGGGGACGAUCGAUAAGCCGUGGAAUUGUCCCCAUGGCCGGCCAACCAUGAGACACCUCAUGAGUUUGGGGCAGUGGAAUGAGUGGGAUGAAUUUGGUGAUUCCAGAGAGGAUGAAGAACAACCGGCAGAGGAUCGGUUGGAUAUUUGGAGGGAAUACUUCCAGGAAGUGGCCGGGCCUGAGCCCGAUGAUGAGUCUGAGUAGAUGGCAUGGAUAGGUUUUGGAUGGCCAUUUACAAUUUGGAUUGGACAUGUUGGGUAAUGUCUUAUUAUACUUUUUGGUCAUUUCGCUGGAGCUAUGGCUUCUGGAUAGCAUUCAUCAUAUAUAAUUUCCAGAAGACAUGACCUGACAUACACCUCAUAAUAAGUAGACAAAUACAUCACCACCACUUGAGCCAACCAGUGCUUUUCCCCGCCUCGUUACCUCCCUCACUCUCUCCUUCUCCUUCUCCUUCUCCUUCAUGCUCAUCCCGAUUCCUAAUCCCGUCAUCCUUCCCCUUCCCUUUCCCUAUACCAG